CCCUUAACGAUUUUAAUAUUGUCGGAAUAACGGAAACCUGGCUCUCUCCCGAAGUUACCUCAGAUUUAAUGAGUAUACCUGAUUAUAUAUACAGGCGGGACAGGGUUGGCAGGGGCGGGGGUGUGGCGCUGUACAUAAGAGCAUCUGCUGCUUGCUCACUUAUUGAUGUUGACGGUGAUGUGGAGCAAUUAUGGGUUAAAUUCAAAUAUAAUAAAAAGUCCUACGCUGUGGGUGUGGUUUACAGACCUCCUAAAUUAAAUUGUACCUUGUUUCUAACGGAAAUUGAAACGGCUUUAUCCCGUAUAGUACCCAUGAAUGAUGUUGUAAUCAUGAUGGCCGACUUUAAUAUAAAUUUCUUAAGUGUUGACAGUCCUUCAACGUUGGAAUUAAUUAAAUUGUUGGAUACGUUUGAUUUAGUACAAAUAAUUGAUUCCCCAACCAGAACAACUGCUACUAGUUCGGCGCUUUUAGAUUUAAUAUGUGUCCCUGAUUCUGAUCUGAUCGAAUCAUACGGUGUAAUUCAGGUUCACCACCUAUCAGACCAUGACUUAACAUGGUGUAAGUUGAAAGUGGAAAAAAUUAGAAAACUGCCUACUUCCAAGGUGGUUAGGGUUUUUAAAGAUUUCGACUAUGAGAGUUUCUAUUUGGAUCUUUGUCAUUUUCCUUUUUAUAGCAUAUUUGAUAUGAUAGAUGUUGACGAUAAGGUUAUGUUUCUAACAGAAGGCAUAGUGGAGAUAAUUGAUAGGCAUGCGCCAUUGAGAAGGUGUACUUUUAAGAGGCCUGCAACGCCGUGGAUAACUCCAACAAUUAUUGAAAUGCAAAAUCUGAGAGAUAAAGCUCUGAAAGACUUUAAAAAAUGUAAUACCACGGCGAAGUGGGUUUUUUAUAAGGACUUGCGCAAUUAUGUGAAUGGUGCCAUCAACAGAGAAAAAAAAGCAUAUUUAGAUCUAUCCAUUAACACUAAUAAAAAUCCCUGGUUGGCACUAAAACAAUUUGCUAUACCUAAAAAAACAAUUGAUGCUGUCCCACUACACCUAUGUCACCCAGAUGAAAUUAACCGCUUUUUUGUCAAUUCCGUUACCUCUACAAGCAAUAACAUCGAUCAUGAGCUUUGUAGUUUCUAUAACAACGCUGGGAGACCAUCGUGCGGGUUUUCAUUUCAGUCUGUCAAGGACCUUGAUGUCGUACAAAUUAUAAGUGGCAUAAAAAGCAACGCAAUGGGCUGGGAUAAUUUAAACGCAAAAGUUAUAAAAUUGACAGUUCCUCAUUUGAUCCCGUAUCUGACACAUAUUGUUAAUGAGUGUAUUUCUAGUGGUAAGUUCGCUACCCCAUGGAAGUCAGCUUUAAUUUUGUCUCUACCUAAGUGGUACUACCUGAUUUUUAAAAUAGCCUUAAUGGUACGCAAGGAUAUAAGUUUGAGAGCCGCUGGUCUAGAUGAUUCUUCGACGGCUCUAGUUACGGAUUUUGUUUCGGGGAGACAACAAGCAGUGACAAUGGACGGGGUUAGAUCGGAGGUUAUUCCUACAAG